AUGGUUGCAAAUGGUAUCAUAACUAAAAUAAACGAAGGAGAGCCCACAAGAUGGGUAAACAGUCUGGUCUACAAGAGGAAACAGAAUCGACGAUUAUACCUAGACCCAAAAGACCUAAACACAGCUAUCUUAAGAGAACAUCACGCCAUUCCUACCUUGGAAGAGAUUUUACCAAAAUUACACAAAGCAAAGUUCUUCUCAAUAUUCGAUGCAAAGUGUGACUAUUGGAAUGUGGUACUUGACGAAGAAGCAAGCUAUUUAGCUACCUUUAACUCCCCAUUUGGCAGCUACCGUUUCAAGCGUAUGCCCUUUGGGCUGAACUUGUCACAAGAAAUCUUCCAGCAAAGAUCGACCAAACAUUCGAAGGACGUAGAGGCGUUGACGGUAUCGCAGAAGAUAUUGUUAUCUCUGGCACAACAGAAGAACACGACCAAAAUCUACGAAGCAUGAUGAGCCGGUGCCAAGACACAGGUCUGAGACUAAACCCUGACAAAUGCCACAUAAAGCAAGAGAAAAACAGUUUUAUCGGCUUAUCUGCGGUCCAGAAGGAAUUCAAGCAGACCCUGACAAAGUGUCCGCCCUUAGGCAGAUGGCCCCACCGACCAAGAGCAAAGAACUACAGACAUUCUUGGGUCUGGCCACCUAUAUGGCACCAUUCAUCCCGAAUCUCACCACACUGCCUCACUGCGACAGCUACUCAAGAAGGAGAGCAAGUUUGCCUGGGACGCAAGCCAACAGGAUGUGUUUGACAGGAUCAAGAAUUUAAAUUCUGAAGAAGUUAGACUAACAUACUUCGACCCAAAGAAAGGGACAGUAAUGCCAUUUGACGCAUCAACAAAAGGCCUGGGAGCUACACUCUUGUAA